AUGCUUCACGAAAUACUUCUAUCUCUUUCAGGACAUCCUUCCCCUCUUCUCACCAGUGAUGAUGUCUUUUCAUCAAUUUUCUCCCCACCAGAGAAAGCAUUGUUGAGCUCUAUAGCUCAUCUAAGCGAGCUUCAUUGCAAAUUACUCUCUCAUACCUCCACAAUUGCCGCUACACAUCCUUCAGGUAUUUGUCAAGCCGUUGCCAACACAUUGCGCUGUAAUUAUCUGGCAAAGUUUCAGCAAAGAAUAUUGGAUGUUGAGCAUGAUCUACUUCGAAAUGGGGAUGAGGGCGACGGCUCAUACAAAAAAGUUCCCCUGACAGCAAUUGUCGGUCAAUUUUCCGGUUGGACGAGAAGAAUGGAAUGGUUCUUAGAAAUCCUAGAAUUCAUAAUGCAUGAAAAAGUAUCUAGUCAGAGGUGCUCCGGUGCGAUGUUGAUCGAUCACCUAUGUGAUUCACUUCAAACUGGAUACUUGGACAUUGAAGAAGCUGCAUUAUCUUUAAUUACUGUUGCUGAAACAGCCUGGCUGAAACAGGUGUCCGCCUGGGUGCUAUACGGAAGACUUCCGAGCUUUGGAAGAGAUGACUUUUUCAUUCAAAUCACAAAUAAUCAUGAAUGCGAAAGCAAGAAAGAGUUACUUCCAGCCUUCGUCUCGGUUGCCACGGCCAACUCACUCCUAUUCAUUGGUCGAUCACUCAAUCAUAUAAGAGUCAAGGACUUGAGAGCAAAGUCUUUGGAACUAAAUCUACUGCACAAUCACCUGCAGCAGAUGUCUAGCCUCCAAUUCCCAAUCACCAGCGCCAAUUUCUCCCGGGUAAUUUCUUCCAUUCGGUCAUCAUUAUCGCAGAUAACUCUUCGAAGCUUACUGCCCCUCUCUAAAGUCAUAGGCAUAUUAUCGCUUCUCCGAGAACUUUUCUUGUUAGGUCGGGGUGAGUUUGCGACUGCUCUUGUCACUGAGGCUGACUUGAGAAUGCACUCACGAUGGCAAUACUGCGGAAUAUCUAGCUUCGAAGAUCCUGACGCGUCCACGAAGAUUUAUGCCAAAGAGGGCGAAGUUUCUGCAAUUUUGACAAAGACUUGGGCAUCUUUAAGCGCCAUGCGAGGUCAACACGAAGAGAAUCAAGAGGAGGAUGACAUACUUGAACUAGCCAGAGAUCUAGUACAGCUCAACAUUUCACGGCCUAUAGUACCAAGUAUCUCACAAAACCCCUCUCAAGAUAUCAAUGAAACUAUAUCAUCUACGCCUUUUAAUACUCUACUUCUGUCAAUUCCGACUACCCUUACUCUAGAAAUCCCGUCACCCUUGGACUUAUUUCUCACUCCGUCUGAUAUACAAAUAUAUUCAAGCAUAAAUGCCUACCUUCUAUCAAUUAAUAGAGCUCAUCUAAGGUUAACAAGCCUAUGGAAAGUUUCGGCCAUCCGUCGUGACCAAUCGUUACCUUGGUCCUCAAGCAUGAAGAUGAAUCAUGCUAUCAUCCAUGCGCGUCGUCUGAGAUCAAACCAAAGACUUUUGGCUAUGCGCAAAGUUUGGGCAACAAGUAGUGCUGCCUUAUUUUUUCUUGCUGAAACUGAAGCCUACUUCCAGGCUGAGGUUGUUCAAGGCAUAUGGUUCGGUUUUAAAAAUUGGAUCAACGCUGAGUCAGGAUCGUCUACUAGUACUCUGCCGGUUCCUAGAACAGUCGAACUGGAUUGCGGGAAAGAUAUUUGGUUGCAAACUGAAGUCGAGGGUGCUUCGAUUCCUCCAAAAAGUAAUAGCUCAAUGCAUGAUCCGCAGUCUCUUGCUGAUGCGCAUAGAAGAUACCUAUCUGCUUUGAUAGCCAAUCUUCUUUUGGAAAUUCCGACUUUCACGCAACCACUCUAUCAUCUUUGCCAGCAGGUCGAUCAUCUCGUCAGCCUUGUUCAUCAGAUUCACUCUAUCUGGCAAUCUCUUGAUCUAGAAACUGAUGAGGGCGUCGUUGAUGCAUUUUCAGAUUUUUGUAAGGAAGAGAAACUAAUUAAAGAGCAGUUGGCUAUUGUAGCUACGAGGGUAAAAACUGCCAUUGAGAAUCUUAUUGGCAGCUUGCGAGAAAUUGACCAAAAUAAAUUCGUCAGUGACAGUGAUAUUACAGAAUUAGUUCUAAGUGAGGAUGGCCAGUACGUACCGUCCAAAGUUGGUCGCGUUGAUCGCUUACUAAUGAAGUUGGAUUUUGGUGGCUGGUUUGAUGACUGUGGAAAAGAAAAUCAUAAAACAGAGAUAUAA